AUGGGACAGAACAGUCUCUACAUGGGACAGAACAGUCUCUACUGCGUUGACUCUCUAACAUGGGACAGAACAGUCUCUACAUGGGACAGAACAGUCUCUACUGCUGUUGACUCUCUAACAUGGGACAGAACAGUCUCUACUGCUGUUGACUCUCUAACAUGGGACAGAACAGUCUCUACAUGGGACAGAACAGUCUCUACUGCUGUUGACUCUCUAACAUGGGACAGAACAGUCUACAUGGGACAGAACAGUCUCUACUGCUGUUGACUCUCUAACAUGGGACAGAACAGUCUCUACAUGGGACAGAACAGUCUCUACUGCGGUUGACUCUCUAACAUGGGACAGAACAGUCUCUACAUGGGACAGAACAGUCUCUACUGCUGUUGACUCUCUAACAUGGGACAGAACAGUCUCUACUGCUUUGACUCUCUAACAUGGGACAGAACAGUCUCUACAUGGGACAGAACAGUCUCUACUGCUGUUGACUCUCUAACAUGGGACAGAACAGUCUCUACAUGGGACAGAACAGUCUCUACUGCAGUUGACUCUCUAACAUGGGACAGAACAGUCUCUACAUGGGACAGAACAGUCCUCUACUGGCUGUUGACUCUCUAACAUGGGGGACAGAACAGUCCUACUAGUACCUGCGGUUGACUCUCUAACAUGGGACAGAACAGUCUCUACUGGCUGUUGACUCUCUAACAUGGGACAGAAGUGUCUCUACUGCGGUUGACUCUCUAACAUGGGACAGAACAGUCUCUACUGCUGUUGACUCUCUAACAUGGGACAGAACAGUCUCUACUGCUGUUGACUCUCUAACAUGGGACAGAACAGUCUCUACUGCGGUUGACUCUCUAACAUGGGACAGAACAGUCGCUACUGCGGUUGACUCUCUAACAUGGGACAGAACAGUCUCUACUGGCGUUGACUCUCUAACAUGAGACAGAACAGUCUCUACUUGCUGUUGACUCUCUAACAUGGGACAGAGUCGUCUCUACUGCGGUUGACUCUUAACAUGGGACAGAACAGUCUCUACUGCUGUUGACUCUCUACAUGGACAGAACAUUCUUACUGCUGUUGACUCUAACAUGAGGACAGAACAGUCUCUACUGCUGUUGACUCUCUAACAUGGGACAGAACAGUCCUCUACUGCUGUUGACUCUCAACAUGGGACAGAACAGUCUCUACUGCUGGUUGACUCUAACAUGAGACAGAACAGUCUCUACUGCUGUUGACUCUCUAACAUGGGACAGAACAGUCCCUCUACUGCUGUUGACUCUCUAAACAUGGGACAGAACAGUCUCUACUGCUGUUGACUCUCUAACAUGGAGACAGAACAGUCUCUACUGCUGUUGACUCUCUAACAUGGGACAGAACAGUCUCUACUGCUGUUGACUCUAACAUGAGACAGAACAGUCUCUACUGCUGUUGACUCUCUAACAUGGGACAGAACAGUCUCUACUGCUGUUGACUCUCUAACAUGGGACCAGAACAGUCUCUACUGCUGUUGACUCUCUAACAUGGGACAGAACAGUCUCUACUGCUGUUGACUCUCUAACAUGGGACAGAACAGUCUCUAUCUGCUGGUUGACCUCUAACAUGGGACAGAACAGUCUCUACUGCUGUUGACUCUCAACAUGGACAGAACAGUCGCUACUGCGGUUGACUCUCUAACAUGGGACAGAACAGUCUCUACUGCGUUGACUCUAACAUGGACAGAACAGUCGCUACUGCGGUUGACUCUCUAACAUGGGACAGAACAGUCGCUACUGCGGUUGACUCUCUAACAUGGGACAGAACAGUCUCUACUGCUGUUGACUCUAUAACAUGGGACAGAACAGUCUCUACUGCGUUGACUCUCUAACAUGGGACAGAACAGUCGCUACUGCUGUUGACUCUAACAUGGACAGAACAGUCUCUACUGCGUUGACUCUCUAACAUGGGACAGAACAGUCUCUACUGCUGUUGACUCUCUAACAUGGGACAGAACAGUCUCUACUGCUGUUGACUCUCUAACAUGGGACAGAACAGUCUCUACUGCUGUUGACUCUAACAUGGACAGAACAGUCUCUACUGCUGUUGACUCUCUAACAUGGGACAGAACAGUCUCUACUGCUGUUGACUCUCAACAUGGACAGAACAGUCUCUACUGCUGUUGACUCUCUAACAUGGGACAGAACAGUCUCUACUGCUGUUUGACUCUCUAACAUGGGACAGAACAGUCUCUACUGCUGUUGACUCUUUAACAUGGGACAGAACAGUCUCUACUGCUGUUGACUCUCUAACAUGGGACAGAACAGUCUCUACUGCUGUUGACUCUACAUGGACAGAACAGUCUCUACUGCUGUUGACUCUAACAUGGGACAGAACAGUCUCUACUGCUGUUGACUCUCUAACAUGGGACAGAACAGUCUCUACUGCUGUUGACUCUCUAACAUGGGACAGAACAGUCUCUACUGCUGUUGACUCUCUAACAUGGGACAGAACAGUCUCUACUGCUGUUGACUAAACCUGAGGACAGAACAGCUCUACUGCUUUCUGUUGAAUCUCUAAACAUGGGACAGAACAAGUCCUCUACUGCUGUUUGACUCUCUAACAUGGGACAGAACAGUCUCUACUGAUGUUUGACCUCUCUAACAUGGGACAGAACAGUCUCUACUGCUGUCGACUCUCUAACAUGGGACAGAACAGUGUCUACUGCGUUGACUCUAAACAUGGGACAGAACAGUCUCUACUGCUGUUGGACUCCUAACAUGGGAACAGAAAACAGUCUCUGACUGCUGUUGACUCUUCUAACAUGGGACAGAACAGUGUCGAACUGCGGUUGACUCUAAACAUGGGCAGAAAGUCCUCACUGCUGUUGACUCCUAACAUGGGACAGAACAGUCUCUACUGCUGUUGACCUCUCUAACAUGGGGACAGAACGUGUCUAUGCGGUUGACUCUAACAUGGGACAGAACAGUCUCUACUGCUGUUGACUCUAUAACAUGGGACAGAACAGUCUCUACUGUGACCGAAAGCCAUUUGCAUGGAUCUAAGAGGAUACUUUUCUGAGUCUCCUUAUCUACCUGUCAGUGCACUAACUAGUAGCUACCUUUAAAUUACUUUUUUUCCAGAACAGGUAAAUGGUGACGCUCUCUGUGUUGUUUAUCUACAGCUCAGACUGCUUUAAGUGAUGAGAGAUAAGUGCUUUUUGUGGUCGGUUCGGUUCAAUUAUAAAUAAAAAAAUUAUCACGGUUUUCAAUUUCGGUUUCAAUUAUUUGGUUUGAAUGUUGUAACAACACAGAAUAAAACAAUUAAUAAAAGUCCCAUGAUGGUAGUGACUGCCCAUUACUGCUUAUCACUUAUUAACCAUCAAUUAUUCACAUCACUUUAUAUAUUUCAGUUGUUGUGUAUAUUACAUUUGUUUUAUUUGAUGACUUCAUUAUUUCAUUCCAAGUCAUCUCAUCUCUAUAGAGCUGCUGCCUAUGUUGUCAGAUAAAAUCACUGUUUAGUAGUUCUUCAAAGUAAAUAAGGCAUACAUUUAUGACUGCUGAAUACCAAAUAUCCAUCACUUUGUAUUUUCAGGUAGAGAUACCUUGUGUAGGAACAGCUGCUCUCUACAUCACCUGACGAUCACGCAUUCUACUCUCUUCUGUAGCAGGCGGUAAAAAACAACAACACAGAACGGACAAGUAGAUGUGCAAUGGAUUGUGGUCAUUGUAGUUAAUUACCAUGUUUUAAUGCGCUAAACUAUGUAGAAUAUUGGCCUGUUGGAAACUACAACUCCCUACUAAAUCGCACAGUUCAGGCUUGAUCUGAUUCAUCUCUAGAGAAAAUCUGCAAUGUGCACAUUGAGCUCUCAGAAGAAAAAAAAAUACAUUUGAUUUUAAAUAAUCGAAACGGAAGUCUGUCAAUUAGUUGUUUAGAAACCUGAAAAAUAACCGACAUUUCGGUUAAUGGCUCAGAACUAAGUGCUUUACAAACACACCGUUUGUAGUGUGUGUGUAUGCCUUCAUGAUGCCAAUGAACAGAAUGAGAGAAGCAGAUCUCGGGGAACUGAAAGUAAACAUGACACAGUUCUACACCAUGUAGGCUAAGUGUCUACAUUAUGACAAAAGGCAAGAUGAGCCUCGUUCAACAUACUAGAAAGGCUGAUGAGGGGAGAAUUAAAAAGUGGGAAUCAUCUGUUUGCCAACAUUACAACAACAAAGAAGUUACUAAACAUCUAACCCCUACCCUUUUUUCUUAUCGGACAUCAUUACACACGCGAUAAAAGAGCACAAUAUGUAGUGCAAAUUUUUCCCCCCCCAGCUUGGCAACAAAAGUUAGAGGCAUUUUACCUUGAACGAGCCGAGUACCAAGUUCGACUUUAUGGUCUCAGAGGGUUUUGAAGCAAUAAUCUAACAUAAGACAUGAAAACUGUACAUUGAUAAUACCCAGCCUACCAGGGUUUAAUUUUUUUUUUACCUUGAAUGAGCUGUGUACCAAUGUCUCAUCCAAGUCGAUCACUACACACUUCUUCCCAUAGUCUGAUAUGUUCAUCUCUGGUAGGAGGAAUUUGGCUGGAGGCUGAAGGAGAGAGAGAGAGAGAAGAGAUUAUAUGUUAGAGAGCGAGGUAGAGAGAGAGAGAGGGGAGAGACGAGGUAGAGAGAGAGAGAGAGAGAGAGAGGGGGAGAGAAAGAGAGAGAGGAGACAGAGCGAGACGAGAGAGAGAGAGAGGGAGAGAGAGAGAAGAGAGAGAGUAUAGAGAGAGAGAUAUAUGAGGAGAUGAGAGAGAGAGCAGAGACAGGAGAGUAUAGGGAGGAGAUAGAGAGCGAGGUAGAGAGAGAGAAGAGGAAGAGAUACGAUAAUCGAUACGCUUGUGAUAGUUGAGAAGUGAGAUUAGAGGAGACUAUCAGAGAUAUAAAGAUCUUUUAUCAUUAUCAUAUACCUACUUUAGAGAUAUCUAUCUCCAGAUUCGCGUGGUAUUCGCCUCUAUCUCUAUAUCGCAGAGCUCUAGUUUAGAUGAGAUCCCUCUCUCUGCUCGGUCUUCCCCUCUCUCGUCAUCCUCUCUGUAUCUCUCCUCAGCUGCUUUCUCUCCUCCCGCUCGAAGGCUCUCUUUCUCGCUUUUCUCUCUCCGGCUUCGGCCCCGGGAGAUCAGUUACGGGCAUCUCUCGAGAGGGGGGGUCUAAUCCUGAGAGUUGUUCCGUAUGAGGAACUCCUCCCCUCCCUCUCUACUCGGUUCUCUCUCUAGUCGGGAGAUGUAUAAUGAUCGAUUCUUCAGAGAAUAUUCAACACAUAGAGAUAUCAUUAGUUAAUGUGUGAUUAGCAGCCCAGUAUAAAUAGUGAGUCUGAUGUUUCCCAUGAAGAAGGAAGAACGGAGAGAAACAUGAACACUAGCGCUAGCUAACACUGUGGAACUGUCUGUGGUUCUCUCUUUUGCACAGAUCGGGUCUACAUCAAAACAGAACCAACAACACUCCGAGGACUGAAGCUACCCAACAACACUCCGAGGACUGAAGCUACCCAACAACACUCCGAGGACUGA